AUGUUAUUAGCACUUAGAGACGAUCCUCUUAAAACGAGAACACUUAAACACCGGGAGUGGGGCACGAGGGCAGCGCAGAGCAUCUGUGAUGAGGGGCGAGGGGUGAAGGGGGUCCGAGCACGUGUGGGGCGGGGCUUCGCGAGCCGCCGGGUGCCGCAGCACGUAUCGAUCGGGUCGCUACGUAUCCAUUCACCGCCGAUCGAAGCUCGCCUGCAUCGCGACCCUUACCGACCCCUCAAUGGUAUGCUACCACUGCCAUUCAUUGCGAUUGCGAUUAUUCAGAUUGACAUGUUUAUCAGUUUGGCGGUCACAUUACGUAACUUUCUUAUAGUGCGGCUUUUCUGUGCUGAUUUAAUUUCCUUUUUCUUUCUAUGA